AUGCAGAGCGUCCAGCCCGGCUCUCGGGGGCUGCUAGAGGACCCCCGGCAGAAGCCCACCUGGCAGCUUGGUGUGAUGCCAGCCCUCACAAGCCUCCCCUGCCUUCUGGCUGUUGGAUGGGGAGCCACAGCGAGGCUCACGCCUCCGAAGCUCCAUCUGAUGAAACAUUUGGAGGUGGCCCUCCAGCACCAGGAGCGCAUGUGUGGAGUGAUGAAUGAGACCCUGGGAUGUAGCAUCGGGCAGGGCUGUGAGGCUGAGACUGUCCUGUGCGGCUAUUGGCUGCUUUGUGCUGAGCAGAAGACUCUGUGGUUGUUGGAAAGCGGUGUUAAAAGCCGGGAGUGUCUCUGGUUGCAAGACGCCACGGGCAUCAGCCUCACUCGGCUUCACGUCAGCCCAGAAGUCCCUCCAUCUGCCUGGCUGGCGCACCUCCGACCCGCACCCCACAGAGAUGAACACUUCCAGACUGCCCGGAGUGAGCAGGUUAAAGCAGUUUUGGAGGGUGAGUAA